AUGGGGAGACAGGAAGAAGGAAUUGAUUUAGGAGGGCCGAGGAGGGAGUACUUACGGCUACUGAUGGAGACCAUCGCAAGAUCUCCAAUGUUUGAGGGGAAGGAAAACUGCAAAAGCCUGGCUCUUGACAGUACUGCUCUACGAGAGGACCGGUACUACUUAGCUGGAAGAGCAAUUGCAGUAAGUUUGGUGCAUGGCGGUCCUCCACCAAACUUCCUAUCACCAACCAUCUUCUCACUACUUGUAAAGGGUUCAGCCAAUCCAGCUCUUGAGGAAAUUGCUGAUCCAGAACUCCUUAAGAAAGUCAGAAAGGUAUCUGAAAGUACAACAGCUGAGGAGCUUGAGGAGUCGAUGGCACCUCUACUUGACUACCUGGCAAAUGCAGGAUGUCUAAGGCCAGUGCAUUCAGACAGUGACAGGGAGCUGCUGGUUAAGGACAUAGUGAUGUUUCAGGUUGUCCACAGGGUCCAAGGUCCAUUUCAAAGAUUCUGUGAAGGCAUGAAGACACUUGGUGUACUUGAUGCAGUCAGAAAACAUCCUGACAGCUUUAAGCCGUUGUUCUGCUACGAGGAACAUCUUCUCAGUGCUGACCAGAUGGACAAUCUCUUCAUCAUUCAACUCUCUCCAGAAGGGAGCAACAAGAGAACUGCAGAAGAGAGGGUUGUAACCUACUGGAGAGACUAUCUCCAGGAUGCAGAAGAAGAAGAAGGGCCAACCAAAGUACAGAAAAUAUUGGCCUUCACAACAGGAGCAACUGUGGUGCCACCCAUCGGCUUUUCCCCUACACCUUCGGUCGAAUUCAUUCACAAUGGAGAGGAUGACUUUGCCUCAACCCCAUUGUUUCCUAUUGCCAACACAUGUGUCAACUGCAUCAGGUUGCCACUACAUGAGUCAUACGGAGUCUUUAAAGACAAGUUUGAUUUUGCUUUAGGGAACACAUAUGGGUUUGGCAGGUCAUGA